CCAACGUGAACCUACUGAUGGAGCAGCAGCAGGAGCCUCUGGCGGGACCAUUUUUACAACAACCGAUGGGUCGUUGUACUAGCGGCGGAUCUAGUGUAAAAAUCGGGGAUCAUCAAUUACAAGCAGGGGCCGGAGCGGGACACUUGGCUGCAACCGGGACAAUCAAUACUGGGCCGCCAGCAACAGCAGCGGUCGCACCCUCCAACCUGAACUUGAAUCUGUUCAGCCCACCGAUAUUAAACGGGACAAGCAAUCCUGUGAGCCACGGCAUUGCUACGAAUGGGACUCCGAUGAAUUCCUCGGAAAUAAGUAGGAGCAACAUCGCCCGAGAACCUCCGCAAGGUGCCAACCCUGAAGCAGGUGGGGCGGUACACCCGCAGUUUGUGCUGAACUUUGGAGAAACUAUCAACCAGAACAAUUUCUUUCCCACGCCCGAUACCACCCCGGUGAGCCACAACAGCGGUGUGCACAUCAACAACCACAGCGGUUGUGUGGAUCUGAACUUGAACGUGGUUGGGCCGGCGCAUCAUGGCAACACAAUUACCGGAGGGCCAGUAGCAUCACAGGCUCACCAUGCUUGCGGCGCCGGUCCUGGUUUUGGUGCGCCUCCAAAUCCUGUAGUGCUAAACCCGCAGCCAGUUUUGUGUCCUGGAAAUAGCGCUAGUGGGGCGGCCACGGAGGGUACUUAGUUCUAGAUGGGGUUAUUGAAACAAUGCCGGUAGAAGUGGCACACUGUAUGAACUAUUUCUAUUUCGUGGAUGUGGGCCUGCAUAAUUACUUGCUCUGGCAUGUUGUUGAUGCCGUGUGCCUGAGUAAGUGUACAGCGGACCACAGCGACAUUCACGACCUACUUCAUCAGGUCCGAGUGCACCAGCUGGUGUGCCGACGCUCUGUGCCUACCAAAGAGCUACAGCUGAUGAAGAGAUUGCAGAGAAGAAAACUACCGGUGUUGGUCCUCAUGGUGCAACGGCAGGAUCUUCGGCUAUCAAAAGGAAAAAUCCCCCCUCCCCAUAUCGAAAACGAAACUUCUGAUGCUGGAUUUGAGUACACAAAUCAGAAUUGUCUUGCUGAAGAGGACUGCGGGCCCGCAUCAAUCCUGAAUAGAGAGGCUUUGGCUUAGGCACUUAGCAUGAAAAACGUCUGCGCUGUCGGUCAAACAGCAUUACAAACCGCCUGAAUAAUGCGGCGGAGCCUGUGGAAUUGCCUUCUUGCAAGACAGAGAUCAUUUGGGGUCGCAAAUCAGCAUUGCAAAUUUUCUGCGACGUACCUUUUCGAUAUGGGGAGGGGGAAUUUUUGCCCGCGAUAUCGGCGAGAAGUUCCUUUGGGGAUCAUCCCGGAGAACAAGAGCAGCAGCAGCAGAAUUACAACGGACGCAGUUCUUGUUUCCGAACGCGCAGCGGCCAAGGUAGGAAUUACAACCAGAACGGGUACGGGAAUGGGAAUUCUGGUGCCACCUAUCUAUCGCAGAACUCAUCUCACAGAACUACCGGGAUGAUGGACAAGGUACGGGUACUACUAUUAGCCGUGAGCAACUUGGUACGGUUAUGCAAUUUUCAUUCUGGUCGCCCCGUCUUGUCGAUCCGGAGGUUCGUGCUGUUUCGAGGAUCUGUAUCUGAUGAAUGUAAAAAUUCAAAUCCAAAUACAGCCCGUGUCCAACAGCAACGAAGCAGGCUUUACUUCCCGCUCUGAAGACCACUACACUCAGCGCAAUUAUCAUCAGCCAGCUCGUUUCCAUCCGCGGACAACCGGUGCCACCAGCAGCAGCGCGUCUUCUGCGGCAGGGAAUCAUCCUAACAUGAGUCGAGUCUUCAGCACGCCGAUGAAAUCCGGUGGUCCAGCUUCACGUCAAAACACUGCUGCCUCCAAAAAUCGUGAUGAACAAGAUGUUGACAAAAAUCUCUACCGUGAGUUUUCGCCGAAGUCCAAGUGUGAGCAGCAGAGAGGCGCCGGGGUGGGAAGUACUACGAGUGGGUCGUUGUCCAAUGCGGCCGGUAGAAGUGAGCGAGAGCUGGCGCACGACCCAGAUCGCAAUCUCUACGCGCCAAAGCACGGAGCGACGACUGAUCGCGGAGGUGGAUGCAGUGGUGCUUCGGCUUCGACCGGUGCUGGCGCUAGGUCUACUACUUUCCAGCAAAAUAAUGCAGCGGGUCGUGCAGGGAUUGCAAUUGCAUCUGCAACUUCUUCUCGACGUGGAUAUCUGGAUAAUUCUGAGCAGCAAUCCAGUCAAUCGAACCUCCAGAACGAGCCGAAAAAUUCUUGCCACAACACGACGACACUGCUCUCGACGUCUCUCAUCGCUUCCGCGCCGACCGAAAACUUGCAGCACCAUUUGCUUCAGUUCCAAACGUUUGAGCUGACGUUUCCAAAGCACAGGGCUCCCUUACCGACUCACCCAACUUUCAAACGGAUUUUUAUGCGGGACGAGCAGGACAACAGCAAGAUUUUGUCGGAUUCGGAGAUUUGCUCUAUCGCGCAAAGUGAGCCGGAAGUGUUGCAGUGGGUCCUGUACCAGGCGGCGGUGAAGGGGGUUAUAUGCACUGCAAAAGUGUCUGGGUCUGGAAGGUUGGAACUUGUCAUGCUAAAUCUGAAUCACGCAAAAAUCUGUGUUGCAUGAAGAUUGCCAAAUGCUGCCCACUUUUGAUCAAGUUGAGAGGCAGUUUCUCAUGCAAGAUAGGCAUGGUAGUGAUCUCACGGAAUCUGGCAUGCUAGGUCCUCCAUUACAGAUCAUAUGGGUCAUGGAAAACCUGCAUGACAAGUCGAGCAAAGUUCCAGACCCAGACACUUUUGCAUUUGAUAGGUUACUAUGCGGGAGAACUCGGGUUCGGUCGGCUUGCCGGAAAGAAAUUUGACGUCUCUCACUGCUCCUGGAGCACGCAGUCACACAUCGGGAAAAGUGGAAUCUAGCACGGGAGCACGCACUGGAAGUGCAGAAAAGGAGGCAAGAACUGCGGUAGAGGACAAGGAGAAAAUCGAUACAAAUUCAUCUUCGUUGGCACCCUCUUCUUCAAAACAAAAAUUCCAAGCGUUUCCGACUUUUUUCGAAGAUGAACGGGUAGAGGCGGUGAUGCAGGCCCUGAUUCGCUCCUCGGAGACUGCGUUCUUUGACCUUGCGGUAAGUGCUUACCACUUCGAGGUGUACUUUCGCUGCUUUCGCUGUUUUGAUCAUGCGCAACAUUCUUUGGAAAGCACAUGACUAUGACAGCAUUCAUUUCCUAAUUGCGAUUUUGCAUCAUUUCUAAAUCUUUGUUAAAACUCAGUCCGGCGACCGUCAGCAGGUUGUCGGCCGGCGGAACAACUUACUGCAACUCAUCUUGGACAUAAUCGUUGUGCAGAACCGGAAAGACGAUCUGCGUCACUUACUGCAAGACUUGCGGAAGCGGUUGCUGCAGCUUUCCAAGCAGGAGUACGCGGCGAGGACCAUACAGAAGCUGAUCGAGUGCGUGGGGCUGGUCACCGAGAAGAGCUUGGCUGCAACUUCUACUUCUUCUCAUGCAGGAACGUCAAAUAGAGAGGAGAUACCAGCCGGCAUGCAGAAACUAUCAACAGAAGAAGCAGAGCAGCCGGGCUUCUUCAUGGAUUUCCUGAAAGAGUGCAUCGACCAGGAGGUUGUAGAGGGGAUGUUGAUGACUAUCGGGGGGUUAUCAACAACAUCUUCUUUGUCAACAUGCGGGGGACCACAGGCACUAGAGAAGAAGAACAAGAUCCGCAUUGCCAAUUGCCUCAUGGUGAAUGAGCACGGUAUAAUAGUACAGUUUGCUCCUUUUCAGCAACGUUCCUUUUGUUGAAACCUCUCGGGCCCGCUUUACAGACAGGGGAAGAAAGUUUGAUAUUUCUUCUAUUAAUAGAUUGAUUCGUACUGCGUUGAUCUUCUUUGCAAAACAACUACAAUAAAAAGGUCACCACAUCCUGCAGCGUAUCGGGCGGCUUUAUGCGGAAUCCGAGUUGAUCCGGCAACACCUGCCCGCGCACCAAGAGGGCAGUUACCUGGUGGACUACAUGAAGGAUACUGUCGCCUACCUCUCGAAGGACAAAAAUGCCUGUUGCUACCUCCAGAAAAUCUGCGCCUCGGUCGCGACGGAGGCGCAAAAGCAGUGGAUCGAGCGGGAAAUCUUGGGUGAUUGGCUCGCGAUUUGCCAAAGCGAGUACGGAAACUACGUAGUGCAGAACCAUUUGGAAUUGCGGGGGAAGGAGAUGAUGGCACUUUUCAUCUCGCAGGAUAGGAACUACAAAAGUUCUUGUUCAUCCUCUUCUACCACUUCGUUGGAGAAGGAGGAGGCGCAGAGGACGACCACGGAGACCACAAAUAAAUCCGGGCCAGACGAGGCGGAGCAAAGCUGCACAUCAUCUCAAAAGGGAGCUGCAUCAAGUUAUACGAUCUCAACUUCGUCAAGCUACUUCGCCAGGGAGCUGGUGGACAAGAUUUUGAACGGGAGUGGUAUGGAGAACAUGAAGGUGCCUGCUCCGCGUGGUCGUGUGCAGCAGGGUUCCCCCAUGGAAGGACAACCAAGCCAGCUUGGUUCCUCGUCAAGUGGAUUUUUAACAUGUCACCAUCCACAACAGCGCAACCUGUUCCACACCCUGGCCUUUCAGAAAGCGAGCUCCAAUGUGCUAGAGAAAUUGCUGGAGAAUUUACCGCCAGUUUUUACAACCGCACAUGAAGUGGAUGAGCAGGAUGAUCUCCUUACCCAACUAGUUCUCCACGGUUUCUUCGCGCAUCUGGUGAAUGCGGACGAUGUUUUUGGGAACAGGAAAAACAGCAGCACAAUAGAAUCUGCGACACAGCAGGGAGUUCUUGCACAGGAGCAAGCAGCGUCAACACAAUCAUACGCUUUGAUGUCAUCUUCAGCACAAAGUACAACAUCAAACAGAAAGCAGCGGGCAAACGAGCUUUUCUACGAGUAUUUCUCCAACAGCUACAGCAAUUACGUGUUGCAGAAAUUGCUGAAAAUCUUGGCAUAUCAGAUGUAAAAAUGUCUGGGCCUGGAAGAGUGCGCGAUUUGUCAUGCAGCUUUUCCAUGACCCAUGAGGUCUGGAAUGCAGGACCUAGCAUGACAGAUUCUGUGCGAUCUCUCUCAUGUCUAUCCUGCGCGAGAAACUCCCUCCCGACUUGGUCAAAACUAGACGACUUUUGGUAAUCAUGCAACACAGAUUUUUGCGUGCUUCAGAUUUAGCAUGACGCGUUGCAUUCUUCCAGACCCAGACAUUUUUACAUUUGAUAUGGCAGGAGCGGCUGCAUCGUCUGGAACGUCAUCCGCUUCGAAAAAUAUGAAUAAGGAACCAAACGCAAACCACCACGAAGUUCUCUUCCAGUUCCUCAUGAAGAAUUUCGUCGUUCCCUGCGUCUAUUCCGAGUACGAAAGCGCGACGUGGAAUUACGAGGAAAAUUUGUGGAAUUUGAAGUCCGUGUCCACGAAGCUUGUCCGGAGUUACGGUGUUUUUUUCUCGGUAGAUUUAAUCAACAACUGCCAGAAGAUUCACCACGCGCAGGCGCGAAAACGGCGGGAACAGGAGGGUGUAAUUGCGGCUGCGAUGGGGCCGUCGUACUAUGGUAGCGGCGGUGGUGGUGGGCGUGGUCGUGGAGAUCAACACAGCGGUCCUUCUGCUGGGGGUCAACAACAUCUUCGCAACUACACGGGUGCUGCCACCGCAAGCCAACAUGGUUAUCAAAACCGUCAUCGACCACAGUAUGCUCACGCGAGUAGCAGUUUCGGAGUGGUCGCAGGCAGUGCAGCUAUGGCGGGAGCCGGGCCUGCAUCCACUCUGGGCACCAGCGGGCAACAUGUCGGAGGAGGAGGAGGGGGACAUCACGGGAGAAGUAGUGGCAACAUGGUAGGGGCAGGAGGAUCUACUACUUCCCUAGGAGCUUCUGGAUAUGGACAAGCAUACCAUCACAAUUCCGCUACAUCCACCUCGGCUCAGCACAAUUUUUACCACCACCAUCAUCACAGAGGAGGUGCUCAAUCCGCCAUUGGCUGCAGUGCUGGAACUGCAAGUAGCAACAGAUACAGCACCCGGGGAGGAGGUAGUUCCGGGGCAGCCGCGCCAGGUGGAACAUCAAGCCUAUGAAAUGUAAAAGUGUCUGGGUCUGGAAGAAUGCGCGAUUUGUCAUGCAGCUUUUUCAUGACCCAUGAGGUCUGGAAUGCAGGCCCUAGCAUGACAGAUUCUGUGCGAUCUUUCUCAUGCCUAUCCUGCAUGAGAAUCUGCCUCCCGACUUGGUCAAAACUGGACGACUUUUGGUAAUCAUGCAACACAGAUUUUUGCAUGCUUCAGAUUUAGCAUGACAAGUUGCAUUCUUCCAGACCCGGACAUUUUUACAUUUGAUAAAGCCAACUACAGCACCACUAUCUGCAGCAGCAGCUGAGGAAUCUGCAGAAUUGUAACACUUCGUCUUCUGGUUCUGUGUUCCACCGGGGUGGAGGUGGUAGUACUAGCAGCAACUUGCAUGCGAUGCAAAACUGGGACCACAACCCGCGGGAACAUCACCAGUCUGAUUUUUACCAACAACCAAAAUCCUACUACGGGCACGGCAACAAUAACAUCAGCCAGAGCUCCUGCAGAACUACUACGGGGGGCAGUUUUCUUAAUAUCAAAAGGAAAAAUCCCCCCACCCCAUAUCAAAAAGAAGUUUCUGAUGCUGGAUUUCAGUACACAAAUCAGAUUUGUCUUGCAGUAGAGGGCUGCAGGCAUAUGCCCAGCCUGAGCCGCAAUGUUUUGGCGUAGGCUCCUAGCAUGAAAAACGUUGAUGGUGUAGGCCCAACAGCAUCACAAACCGCCCGCAUAAUGUGGCGGAUUCUCUGGAUUUGCCUGCAUGCAAGACAGACUGGAUUUGUGACCACAAAUCAGCAUUACAAAUUUCGAAAAGCACACCUUUUCAAUAUGGGGAGGGGGGAUUUUUCCCCACAAUACUUAAUACUUUCUCGGGCAGCUGCAGUAGUUCACGCAGCGCGAUCGGAGGAACGUCUAGUAACCAGAACCACCAGGAGCAGCUCGUCCAGUAUAAUUUCUCUACUGACGGCGGCAACGGUUCUUACAAACAGGACGCUAGUUGUCAACAACAUUCUACGACGAGCUGCAACCUGAUCGAGCAGCAUCAAGGUAGUUCGAACCAAUUUCAUUCACACAUGAUGGUCAACGGAGUGGGGAAAGCGAACUACUACAACAACGGGAAUGCAAUGCACAGCGAGAGUUUGUCCGCGGUCCAUCUCCAAAAUCAGAUGAGUAUCCAGCGAAAUAUUAACCAGAUACGGUAG